CCCACACUCUCGCCCCUCUGCUUCCGCUUUAUUUACGCUUCUGCCACUGGCCCCCCUCCUUUUUCUCUUUCCCCCCUGUAAUGGGUAAUCGUGAUGAGCAUGCAUUUGUGUUUUUGUGUUCUUUUGGGGGUGUUGGUGGAGAAGCGAAAUUCCUAACUCCUGAUUCCUGAACCUGCAUUCUCUCUCUUCCUGUUUGUUCUUCAAAUGAUAGAUGCUGAAAUACCGGUGGUUUUUCGAACUACUUUAUGAACUUCUGAAUCUGCAGAAUGAAUGAAGAUGCAAAUUAUGCACUAAGUUAAAGGCUAUAAUUUCAGCCAUUCAAAAUGUAUGAGGCUAGGAGACAUUCUGUAGACAUCCCCAUUUCACGAACUCUGGUGGCUCUCAUGAGGUCGAGGUCGCUGCGGGACCCCGAGACGAACUCGCUCGACAAAUAUGCUGCAUUGGUUGACACGGCGAAAUCCGGAGCCAGUUCUCGCGCCGACAGAAUUCCGGAGUCGAAUACUUGUAAUCGGCGCACUUUCAGCUAUAGUCAGAGUGAUCUUUUGGAAAGGAGGAGAGAGGUUCUCGGCGACGCGAAGAUCACAGGCUUCGCGAAGAUCACAGGCUCCGAUGCGCGCCCGAAAGGAAACUGCGGAUUCCAUUCUGCACGGCAUUUUGGCAAUGGAUUUGACUUCCAUGAUGAAUCAAAUUAUAGACUGGUCGAGCAGGUCAGCUCGUUGAUGCUUAACAGGAGCGGAGAUGGCAAAAUGAGGAAACAAUCUGCUAUGAGAGAAGAUGUUCAUCCAAGUCACGCGGAAAUUUCUGCAUCUGGGGGUGAAGGCUGUGUUGAUGACGCAAAUACUUUUUCUUCCAAUUGUAAGGUGCAUGCGGCGUUUUGCUCGUUGUCAAGAGCAUCGAGACGCACGGAUACGUUACUUCCGCUGGACGAAAGACGAGAACACCCUUUCGGAGAAAUUGCUCAGCAUUUAGAUAAUCCGAGGAGCCUGAGUCAAAAAUACCGACCUAGAUCUUUCGCUCAGCUGGUUGGACAGAAUGUUGUAGCUCAGUCCCUGUCGAGCGCCAUUUCCAGUAGAAAAGUUGCUCCGCUUUAUCUUUUUCAUGGUCCUCGCGGCACGGGUAAGACAUCAGCCGCGAAAAUAUUCGCAGCUGCUCUGAAUUGCCUAUCUUCUGAGGAACGCAGGCCAUGUGGGUUCUGCGAGGAGUGCGCACUUAUAUUGUUUGGAAGGAGUAGGGAUGUUAAGGAACUCGAUGCUACAAACAUGAAUCACAGGGCAAGUGUUACAAUCUUCAUGAGUGCUUCUCUUGAUCCCGUUCCGUCGCGCUUCAAGGUUUUCAUUAUCGAGGAAUGCCAGUUUCUGGAGAGGGAAACAUGGUUCUCUAUUUGUAGCAAUCUAGAGAAGUUUCCGCAACAUACUGUGUUUGUCAUGGUCACCUCUGAAGUGGAGAAAUUGCCAAGUAGUUGCGUAACAUGGUGCCAAAGGUACAAUUUUCUUAAGAUUUCAGAAGCUGACAUAGUCAGCAGAUUGAGGAAGAUUUGCAAAGAAGAAGGACUGGCCUUUGAAGAGGAUGCAUUGGACCUUCUCGCUAACAAGGCCAAUGGUUCUCUUCAAGAUGCGGAAGUAAUGCUUGAUCAGCUGAGCUUGCUUGGCCAAAGAAUUACAAAAUCUAUUGCAUUUGAGCUUAUAGGAGAUGUAUCAGAUGAUGAGUUGCUUGAUCUGCUUGAUUCGGCAUUUUCUUCAGAUGCUGCUGCUACAGUUAAAAAGGCUAGAGAGCUUAUGAGCUCAAAGAUUGAUCCGGUGCAGCUACUUUCUCAGCUUGCAAAUCUUAUCAUGGAUACUGUGGCAAGAAGAUUCCAAGAUGGAGAGUCUGAAGUUGGAGAAUGUUUGGGCAGACAUGAUUUUGGUAAAGUUGGCAUGCCCAGACUGACACGUGCAUUAGAAAUACUUUCUGAGACUGAAAAACAAUUGCAAACUACAAAGAACAAGUCUACUUGGCUCACAGCUGCUCUUCUACAAUUUAAUACUGAAGAAUCAUUUCCUUUAAGGGAUUCAUGUGAUUCUUGUGCAGAUGAUGGUCUUGUGAGUACUGUAUCCGCAGAGGACAACUUUGGAAACUCAUGUCAUGUGUGUGGCCAUGAUAAUGUGAACGUUUUAGACAAGAAGUGUGAAAAUGUAGAAGCACUGGAACAGAUAUGGAGGAGAGCAAUUGAAAAAUGGCCAUCUAGUUCCACCAAAAGUUUCUUGUUGAAAGAUGGAAAACUAUCAUCCAUCUAUGCUAAUGAAGGCCUGACUAUUGCAGAAGUAGAAUUUUGCUGUCCGGAAUAUGUAGUCAUGGCAGAGAAGUUACGGGAACAAAUCGUGGGUUCUCUUCAAGAUGUGCUUAGAUGCAAUGCAGAUGUCAGAAUCAAUCUUGUACCUACAUCUGAAAGUAAGACAACCAAAUCAAAGAAACAAUCCUUCCGUUUGCCAGACUCUUCUGGAAGAAAGCAAGAGAGAUCAGAUGCGGGCAUCAAAGUUGAUGCCCUCAAAAUAUCUAACAAAGAAGAGGAAGUUGCAGGAGUAUGUUCGAGGUAUCACAAAGAGUGCCCGUCAACUGUUAUGCAUCAAUUUGAUGUUAACUCAGUGCCAUUUUUCCAUGAUAAAGAAUCAGCCGCUGUCGAGAACGUCGAAUUGAACACUCCAUGUACUGGUACUGUUUGUAACAAAUCAGUACAGGAUAACGUACCAGAAGGGCAAAAUCAGAGAAGACACCCAGUGAGCCAGUCUAGAGAAGAGGAUGAAGAAGUCAGCCUUCAAGAACCUGGAAAUCAGCCUAGCUGCUUUCAGAAUCUUCUUAUGCAUCAGAGGAGAUUCUUCUCAUAUACUGCUGCUUGUGCUAAAUGUCCAAAGAUCCAGCCACAUUGCAAAGUUAAAUUUUCUUUUCCUAGAAAGCCGUCAAUUGGAGCAUGUCACUGCAUUAAAAAGCCCUGCCAUAUCUGUUCAAAAUCACAGGCACAAGUUGCCUACAGUCAUGAUGGCGUGAAUAGACAAAGCAAGACCCCAAGAUUUGGCUCAAAGUUGUGUUGUUGGAGAUCCCGAAAGUCUACUGAAAAGGUGUUCUUCGCCGUACAAAAUUUGCAUUUGCAUUUACAAGUCCUAGAAAAAUAUGGAAGCAAGCAAAGUGAGCAGCACCAUUGGAGUUAACUGCACAAUCAGAGAUGACUGCUCGGUCGGGUGAUAUUACCAUGGGGAACUACUGUGCAGAUGUUGCAGGACCAUAGUCUUAGUCUCUGUAGAAAUCUAAAUAUAAUUGUGCAAUAUAUUGAAGAUCUCUUGAUAAUAGAUGCAAUAGAAUGAUUUGUCAUGGUAUAAUGUUCUCUUCAUCAUGGACCAUUUACUUGGUCCAAAACCAUAGUUGACACUGAUGAUAAACUUAUAUAGAUCACAAAAUAUAAUGAUAAAUUUGUACA